CUUGACUCUGGUUCCACUGGUACUCCAUCGUACAGGAGACCAGUCGAAGGAAAGACCAUGGUACGAUAGACCCAGGGUCUAAGACGUUAAGCAAUGAAAAGACAGGAAUGAUCUACAGACAGACUACUCCAUUGAUUAGCCUUACAGGGUUCAUCUCUAGUAUUCAAAUGCCUGUCAGUCAUUCUGUGAAAUGAAACGACGAUCAGAUGGUGGCUGCGUCAUCGCCUACCUGCACGCUUCUUUUUUUUCUUUGCUGACACCAUUUAACUCUGCCUCUCUCUCUCUCUCUCUCUUUCCCCCCCCCUGUCCCUUCUUUUCUCUUUUUACUAUCCCUCCACGUGUGUUCCAAAGACCCUGCGUUGUACAUGCAUUGAUCGGGUCUUACCUCCUCUCACCCGCAAUCUGACCAAGACUAACUCUGUCUCCUUUGUUCCCCAUCCCCGCAUUCAAGCAACCUGGCAAAAACACAAUGCUAUCCGUACAAAGACAUUUUGGUAAAUUGAUGAAAAGAUCCGCCGACGACACUCAGGUGGCCAUUCUCUUGAAAGAUUUCGAUGAAGCAAAUAAAUUAUUAGGCCGAAUUGUCGAUUCUACUAAAGCCUGGCGAGAUUCUUGGUCUUCUUUACUCAGUUACCAGGCGCGCAUUCUCAGUGAAUUAGAAGGAUUAUAUGCGCCCAUCAUUGGCUCCUCCGACUCCUCCACAACCGAAAAGGCCGUCCAAACGCCCCCGGAAACAUUGGCCCGCACCGCUAAUCUAGCUCAAGAAUAUGAAGAGCUACGGGGCGAACUCCUGCAGGAGCUCGAGGCCAUCAACGAACGUAUGAUUAAGCCCGCCACGCAGGCUAUGGACUACAUGAAGCCGUUGGAAAAGACAAUCAAAAAGCGGGAUGACCGAAAGUUAGAUUACGAGCGUUACCAAAGUCGCGUUGACAGCUACUCGAAAAAGACGAAGCGAUCGGACCGAGACAACGCAUCACUGACCAAGGCCGAAAGCGAUCUCGCAAGAGCAACAGAGGAAUACCAAGCUGCAGACGACCACCUCCGAAAAUGCCUACCACCAAUCAUAACGGCCGCAUUCUCACUGCUCCCCAGACUCCUAGCCGCGCAAAUCGAGAUCCAAAAUACCAUGCUAGCACACUACUACACAGUGGUCCAGAACUACUGCGAACAGGAGCACUUCCCCUCUCCCUCCCCACCAAUGGAACAAAUAAUCCAAGACUGGGAACAGGCCCUCCACCCCACACAACAAGAGGUUGAAUCCCUAGGCUGUAUCGCCAACGGAAAGGCAGUGCGUCUAUCCCCAGGAUCACCCGACGACCAACGGAACGGACUCAGCAGCCGUCUCCCAAACGGCCUCAACUUCCGUCGGCCCUCAAGCAGCAACGCCUCCACUGUCGGCCCUACAUCCACUUCUACUUCUGCACCAAGUCUCCAACCCCCAACCUCCUCAGGCCGCAGACUCUCUGCCCCAUCUGUGCACGACACAAAGCCAACCCCAGUAAUGGAAACCAAACCACGUCUUAACAGUCUCGCUUCAUCCCCAUCCUCAACUCUCACCGUCCCAACAACCCAUCUCUCCCCGCAAACCCCCGCUUCAGCCUCAGCUUCAUCCCCAGCCGAAUCCUACGCCUCGGCCCGAACAGACUACUUCAGUCGAAACCAGCAUCCCUCCGACAGCACAGCCACAUCGCCGGGAUAUAGUGUGCUUGCGGCCGCAAAGAAGAAGCCCCCGCCGCCACCUCCGAAACGGAUCGGUUCCAAUCAGGGGUUGUUCGUGACGGCUCUGUAUGAUUUCGGUGGGCAGAGUGCCGGCGAUCUUGCCUUUCGGGAGGGAGAUCGGAUUCGGGUUCUGAAGAAGACGGACAGUACGGAUGAUUGGUGGGAGGGAGAGCUUCGGGGGGUUAAGGGGAGUUUCCCGGCUAAUUAUGUGGAGUGAGAAUCUUUUUCUUUAAUUUAAUAUAUCCGGAAUUUACAACUAGAAUCUGAGGACCUGUGAAAUUGACGGCGAAAAUGACAGCCUCCGGCGCCAGAAACGGCUGCCUUUCCACCUGUAACUUUGGGGAUAAUUUAGCCUCCUUUUAGCUUGUCUUAGGCUUAAUUGCGGAUGGUUGUAUGCUCACUGUGCUGUCCAUUUUGGUCGAAAUUGCUCCCAAAUUGGCCGUUCACAUACUAAAAGAGAGUUGGGUGGCCAACUCACAGGGGA